GGUUUCAGUUCAAACUCACACGUUGCUCAUACGCAACGUUGGCCGGGCGGAAAAAUCACAAUUUCCACACAGACUUUCCGAUUGUUUGUUGUUUGUGCUUUCGGCGUGUAUGUUGCGGGAAAACAUUGUGCGUGAUUUGAAAAAUUGUUUCAAAAACCCAAAAAAAAAAUCUUCAAAGGAAAAAUAUCGAAAACGCCAAGGCGUUCGCUGAAUGAAAUGUUACACUAGAAUGAUUAAAUGUGUGUUAAAUGCUUAAUAUAUUAAAUACAUUUAUCAUUUGUCCAAAUCAAGAAUACAUAUCGCCGCCGAAAAGAUUUUAAACACUUUGGAGUUCUGGCAGUCUGGAUGAGAUUUAUGUGCCGCGCCAACAUCAUUUUUGACUGCAGGACGGAAAAUGGAAAACUGAAAACGAAACAAACACAGCUUGAAGUAAAAUGUCAGCAACUCUAGUACAAAAAACAUCAACUGAGAAAAUAAACAGCCGAUCAGUAGUUGGAGCAGCACAAGCAAAAGAACUAGGAAUAGGAUCAGGAGUAGGCGCUGUGCCGGAAGAGGACGUUCCUCCAUAUAAGACCAUAUCGCUUCUAUUACAAUACGACAUCGACAAUACGCUGAAUGCGUUCAAGGAGCAGCACAAGAUGACACUAGACAACGUUCAACGGGAUAACCUGGACCGGGAGCAGGCCACCGAACUGGAGGUGGAGCAGAUGGGCUUGGAGAAUGGAGCAGGACAAAAAUUGAAUGCCACAUGCAUGCCGCCCACGCCACCGGCGACGCCAAACCUACAACAGAACACCGCCCAGAAACGCUGGAAGAUUCUGGCCAAGGUCUUGCGCAAGGACUCCGAGGAAACGGUGUCCUCCUCCAGUGAUGAAUUCAGCGAGGAGCAAACAGCUUCCGUGCGCCGCUUCAAAAGCUUCGAUCUCCUGCGCCAGGACAGCUUCGAGGAUCACAUGAGCCUGAAGUGCCUGGGCAAGACGGAGAACUGGUACAAGUACCGCAUGGCCUUGGACAACGAGUUCCAGGAGUACUCCGUCAACAUCCACCACAUGGAGCGCCAGCUGACCGCCAGCGAUCUGAUGGGCUUCAACAACACGGGCAACAUCUGUGUGUGGCCCUCGGAGGAGGCCCUGACCGCCCUGGUCCUGUCCGAUGUAUCCGCAUAUCGUGGCAAAUGGAUACUGGAGUUGGGCGGAGGGUUCACCUCCCUGGCGGGCCUGAUGCUGGCCAAGUACGCUAAACCCUAUGCCGUGCAUCUCACGGACGGCAACGAGAUAUCCGUGGAGAAUGUCCGGAAGACAGUCUGCCUUAACGAACUGAGCUGCUACACCAAGUGCUCUGUCCUCAAGUGGCAGGAGAGGGCCUCCCGUUCGCCGGCGGAGCAGGGCAAGUUUGAUUUCAUCCUGUGCGCCGACUGUCUGUUCUUCGACGAGGCCCGGUCGGCGCUGGUGGACACCAUCUGGUAUUACUUGGCCCCCGAGGGUUAUGCCUUGAUAAUGGCCCCCCGGCGGGGCCGCACCCUCACCGUGUUCAAGGACGAGUGUGUGGCGCGGGGAUUCGUGGUGGAGCUGUACCCGCGGUACAACGAGACCAUCUGGCAGCGUCACCUCCAGCUGAAGGCCGAUUCCGCUCUCUAUGACGAGGACCUGCACUAUCCAUUGCUCCUUCGGCUGUGCAAAACGCACAGCUAGGAGGUGCUCGAGGGGGGCGACGGGACAGGGGGCGAGCCAGCUGGCUUUAGUAGAAGAAAUUAAGUUUAGUCAAUGUCUUAGUUAAUAGCAACCAAAUUCCAGUUUACACCUUAAACACACACAAAAAACUUACUCGAAAAAUGAGGUCAGUUCUGGCAAACAAGGGCCUCACCAAAAAAAUCACAAAAAUUCCUUUCCCAAAUUGAAGAAAAAAUGUUGCAGAUUUAAUUCAUUGCACUGGUGCUGAAAAUUAAAAUUAAAAGCAAAAAAAUCUAAAUAAAUAUAUGAAAAUGCAAAGUUGAUCAUUUAUUCAGGUGCUCUAAGUGCAUAAAUAUUUAAAAUCGGCAAAGAAAAAUCUGUCACUAUCUGUAUUAAAAUACAGAAAUAUUUAAGUUAGAAAAAGGCAAAAAUACUCAACCGAAAUUUUCAGCACCAGCCAGGUGGAUAAUCUAGAAUGUAACAAAAUCAAAAAAAAAAGAGAGAAUAUUCCUUUGAUAUGUAAAUUUGAUUUGCGCUGAUUCCACAAAAAGUUUUGUAACUAUUUUUUGUUUUACAAAAUACUCCCCAUUAUAUAUAGUUGCCACGACCAUAGUGACCCACGAAAAAAAAAUCACACACACACAAAGUAUUAUUUAAAUUUAAUGUACACGCUGAAUAGCAUACUUUCUGGCCGCUUUAAUUGAAGCACGAAAAACCAACACCCACAACUGGACGAUGUAGAAUUUCCUUAAAAUUAAAAAAACAUAUUUGAAAAAACAUAUUAUGAAAAAUUGAAUUAAAAGAAAAGGUAAACGAUGCCAGCGCUCGACCAAUUAAUUAAUAGUUACCUUAAAUUAGUCUACUGUAAUUACAUAGAGCAUGUGUUAAUGGUUAUAUGAUGAUGAGAUAAAUACAAUAUCGAAACGCCACGUACAUAUAUUA